CUCACUGCAUUGACGCCAUUUUUUGCAACUUUAUUGAUAUUUGGGUUAAAAUUUAGAUAAAUUAUUUUCUUUAUAUUUAGAAAAAAAGCUCACACCAACAAAAACUAGCUUCAUAUCUAUCUCCAACUAUGUAUUGAUCAUUUUAAAGGUGUUUCUUUGAAAAAAAAGAAAUGGAUGUGGACAGUAGUAAUCACAUGUGUCUGAUCUGCAGUACCAAAAUUGUGGGUUUGAUUAAUUAUGUCGAUCAUUAUAAAUCUCAUGUACUUCAAGACAGCAGUCAGGCCGGAUCUCAGAAGAUUCCUGAAUGGCAGAUUAAGAACGAACAAUCUGCUUUUGGUUCCAAAAAUCAGAUUGACUCCAAACAUCACUCUCACCAGGAUGGCAAGUAUUUUGUCACUAGUUCUGGGGACACUUCUCCUCUGUCAGAGUUCAUAGACAAUACAGAUGAUUUCACUGACCCUGACCUUGACCCAGACAGUCUAAUGAACCAGAAGCACUGUCCUGAUUUCUUCCAGUCGCUAGAAUUAAAAAGUGCUACAGAUGAAGCUCCCCCACCUAAAGCUAAGAUAAAAGCUGUGCAGAGGCUCUCUGUUUUAGAUGAUGACUUGCAUGCAGAGUCCCUUCUUCCUAUUACUAGUAUCCUCAGCAAUCUAGAUUUUAGUAGCGAUGAAGAAUUUGUGCCCAUCUCUGACAAUGAAGAUCAAGGGAGCCAUGGGAGUGAUGAUGGAUUCUGGUUAAUGACUGAUGAAUACAAUCAUUCGUCAUCCCAUCCACCUCAGGGCCACACUGGAGGUAAGUGGAACCCUGGAGAAGGACCCAAGCGCAGACUGCCCAUUGCAGGAAAAUGGAAGCCGGGCUGUGGGCCUGGCCCUGCUUGCAGGAAGAACAUACUAAGAAAGCCUUUUAAGUUUAAAAAAUCUAAAAAUCGAACUGGGAAGAGUUUUUAUUGUAAUGUGUGCAAUUCUAGUUUCAAAGACAGGACUACAUACUCGAUGCAUUUUUCCCAGCAGCAGCAUAGCCAGUUGGUGGAAGCCAAAAGACAACAAAAGAAUGGCAUUGAUUUCCUGGAAGAACCUGAAAAGUCUGGACAAGACAGCAAAGUUUCAACAUGCACAAGCAAUCAAACUUCUGAACUUGCUGUGGUCAAAACAAGAAAUGUUCAGGAUUCUUGCUAUUGUAUAUCCUGUGACUUGUACUUUGACAGUGCCAGUGUUUUAUCAGUUCACUGCGAAACCAAGCAGCAUAAAGAUAAAAUUCAAAGAAAGGAAUUUUUGGAUCAGAUUCAGAGAAGCAGCAUAGGAAAUGAUGUAGCAUCAUCCUCUACCCAAGCUGUUGAAGGAAACACUGCAACAUCCUUGACCCAAGCUAGUGAAGGAAACAGUGGGACAACACAGGCUCUUGUACCAUUCUCUCAAGGUGAUUCUUGGUCAUCAGAUGUCAUUAGCCAGGUUUCUAAGACCACAGAGCCAGAAACUCACUCAUGCCACAUAUGCCACAAAAAUUUCACACGCAAGUAUGAGAUGGCUCGGCACCUUCUGACCCGCAUGCACAAGUCCAGGGCCCAGGAGCACCCUGAGGCCCAGUCUAUCGACAUGUUAAAUAAGUAUAACAAAUAUAUGACUAGGCUGAGCCUAUACCAGUGUGGGAUUUGCCAGUAUUACUGCAACAGACAGGCAGACUUCCUGGACCAUAUGGGUAGUGUGAAUCAUGUCAUGACAUGUCAAGAUAUGCUAGGGCCCAUCAUGUGUGUAGCCUGCAAGUUUAAAACUCACAAAGAAGACCAGAUGAUGGAACACCUCCAGCAACCUGAACAUUUGGUGGCCCUUGAGAAGAAACACGGCAUGUGCAUCAUUCGAGAGAGUCACUCGCGCAUCACUUGCAAGUUUUGUGGUGUCAAGAUGCACUCUGCUGUCAGGAUGCUGCGGCACUGCCAGCGCAAGCACAAUGACAGGCUGACAGAGUGCCAGAUGCUGAUGUUUGUUAAGCAAGUGGAAUACAGCCUGCACAAGUGUCCCCUGUGUGAGAAAAGCUUUAGAGCCAAAAGUAUGCUUCAGCUUCACUUUUUAAAGAUUCAUAAAAACAAAUCCGUGUUUUCAUGUACUGUGUGUGACAGGGGUUAUCUUGAUCAGCGUAGACUGGACAACCACCUCAGGACCAGGUUCCAUGCCAAGCGGGUCAUUGCUAGCAAGCUGAAGGAGGGGGAGAAGAAGGGGCAGGGCACUGCUGCACAUGAAGUCCCUGUCUUGCACAAAGCCAGAAAAAAGAGAGUUGUGAAGAAGAAAGCAGACGUUGGUCAGUGUGUCAAUUCCAAGAAAACAACUCAGGACAAUAUACAGGGGACAGUAAAGGAGCCGCCAGCAGCACUUGCUUUGAGAAGAAGUUGCAGAAAGAGGAAGAAGAUUGAGUUCUAUGCCAUGGAUGAUUCUGACCAGGAUGAGAAGAAACUGAAAAAAACUUCUGAGAGUAUAAAGCCAUUAAAAUUAAAGCCGUUGAAGAGGAGUGCACUAGAGGAGAAAGAAGAAUCAGGGCAUAGCUCUGUCGGUGCUGUUGAGGAUGUGCCCAGCAAUAAAAGAGUAAAAAGGAGGCAAACAAAGCCUAAAGAAGACAGUGCUAAAAAUGUAAACGGGCAAGUUGCUGUGGCUGCCUGUGGUGACUUUUCUGCAGAGACGACCAAGAGUGAAGAAGCUGAUGCGGAGGAGGAUGCUGUUGAUGAGGAGACGUUGAAUGAGGCCAGCAAGCACAUCUUCUCUUGCGCCUACUGUGAGUUUGCUGCAGUGGACAUGAUGGAGUUGAGAGAGCAUUACAACCAGACCCACCCUAAUGACAUCCUGACUUGCCAGCCUUGUAAUCAGUACUUCCUCUCACUGAAGGCUUACAAAAUUCAUUGUUCAGGCCGAGGACAUCAGUUGAAACUGAAAGAACAUGCUGGGGAGACCAAGAUGCACAAGUGUCCUGUGUGUGACAAGAGGUUCCUCCAAGAGUCCUGUUGCUUGCUCCACUUAGAGACAGUGCACCGUCACCCCAGUUCUGAGGCUGACCUGCAGAGGAUAAUUAAAGGUCAUGACCUGGUCACACAGCUCUAUGGGGACCAUGUCAAGCAGGUUGAAAGCUUAAGCAACGACUCUUCAGUCUCCUGUCCAGAGUGUGGAAAAUUUGUGCGGAAGGACACCCUGGUGGAGCACCUGCGGCUUCACACAGGGGAACGCCCCUACAUCUGUCGUUUCUGCAGCAAAGGAUUCGCUGGCAGGCUGACUCUCAGGAGGCACAUUUCCAGCCACCUGAACAUGCCCAUGUUCAUGUGUGACACCUGCGGGAGGGAGUUCAAGCGUAACAGCCACCUGAUCAAACACAUACGCCAGCAUGUUUCAGAGAAGAAGGGAGAGAAGCACACCUGUGAUGUCUGUCAAGCGUGGUUCUUUACCCCAGAAGAACUUUCCCGCCACAUGAAAAGACAUGGGGAUCGUAACUACAAAUGUACCUGGCCAGGCUGUCAGUGGACGUUUGUCUUGAGCAGCGAGCUUAAAUCUCACAUGUUCACACACACUGGCGAAAAGAAAUAUCUGUGUGACAUUUGUGGCUUUGGAGCACCAACCAAGACCAGGCUCCGCAGGCACGAGAAAAUCCACGACAAGUCUCACACUUUUAACUGCGACUACUGCCUGUACAAAGCUUCCUGUAAGACGCACUUAAAGCGCCACAUGCGCAUCCAUAUCAACUCCCGUCCAUUCGCAUGCCCGUACUGCAACUACACUUGUAACACCCAUGAAAACAUCCGCAAGCAUAUUCUGAAGACUAAGAAACACAAAGGGAAGAAGCUCUACCCGUGUAAACUAUGUGGAAGCUUUGGUUGUGAUAGCAGUAAAGACUUUCGUGCUCAUCUUAUGACAGUCCAUGAAGACUACCUCAAAGCCAAUGCCAUUGAUUCCUUGGCUGUCUUCUCUGGCUUGUAUAAAAGAGAAGAAGAUUAUCAGAAGCCUAAAGAAGGCUCAGAAAUUCUACCUGUGACUAAAGGCAGGUUUUUCCGAUCUUAUCAGAACCCCGAUGCUCCCAUGGAACCUCCUAAACCUAAAAAACCCAAAAAGAUAAGCCUGAAGCAGAGAAUGGAAGAGGUGACUGUGAGGAUAGUGCCACCCUCUGAGUUGGAGGAUGUGAGGAGGAAUGAUAAGGAGGAAGAGCAGGAGGCAGCUGUCCAUUUUAAGGAGGAGAAAUCCACACUGCACUGGAAGUCUGACCAGAUCAUUGCAAAGAAGCCAAGUGAUGAGGAGGAGUCUCAGAAUGAGCUGGAAGAUGGGGAGGGAGAGGAUGAAGAAUCACCCAACAGCGGGGUAGACUCCCCUCAGUAUAUAAAUGUGACAAACAUGGUCAUCCCUCCUUACAACCAACAGGAGCCUCAGCAGCUCUCAGGGGCGACCAUCUCCUUUGCUUCAGCGCACCAGCUCCCUGUAACAGUCUCCGUGCCAGAAGACAAGCUGUACUGGACGAUGGUGUCAGAGCAGAAGGCCCCACACACCCCUGAGCCUUGGUACUCUGGGAUGCCCCAGGUGCACACUCCCUCCUCCCAAGAGCUUCAGCAGUAUCGGCCGAUGGAGGUGGCCACCAGCCACCCUGGCGCAUUCCUGCCCAACUACUACUGCAACAUUCCUGUGAAUGAGAUCCACUCAUUACAGGGCACCGUUGGUGGCCAGAUUUAUGCAGGGAACCUGGAGAAUUUGGUUGUGAUUGACCUCAACAGGUCAGAGACAGCUACCCUUUAACACACUAAGAUUCUGUUUGUGAAAUAAUAGGUCUUUUAUAUACAUAAUUGAUAUUAUAUAAAAAAACAACAUUAAUACUCUAAACAAAGAAUGAGCUACAUACAGUGAGUUGUAUCAUCUUUCAAAGGAUGUUGAACUGUCUCAGUAGAUUUCUAAUUGGACAUGGAAAUCUAAGAAUGCUGCUAUCAUGGAUGGCAUACAUUUUGCCUAUUACAACCAGUUAUUUCCAAAUGAUAUCUUCAGUGAUGGUUAUAAAUAUUAAUAAUAUAUAUAUAUAUAUCAAGAUGAUCCAAGUUGUCAUAGCAUUAUAUAGCUAUGUUUGUCUUUACCUGGUACUGCUCAAACUGGCUGUAUUAAUGUAAA